AUGGACGCCAAAGUCGUCGCCGUGCUGGCCCUCGUGCUGGCCGCGCUCUGCCUCAGCGAUGGGAAACCCGUCAGCCUGAGUUACAGGUGCCCCUGUCGAUUCUUCGAGAGCCACGUGGCCAGAGCCAACGUCAAACAUCUCAAGAUCCUCAACACUCCCAACUGCGCCCUUCAGAUUGUGGCCCGGCUGAAGAGCAACAACCGGCAAGUGUGCAUUGACCCGAAAUUGAAAUGGAUCCAGGAGUACCUGGAGAAGGCCUUAAACAAGUAAGCGCAGGCACACGGAGGACUGUCCACUAGACCGUUGAGGAAGGCUCACACCUUGGGAGAGAGGAAGGGCAAGGUUGUGGGGAGGAGGGCCUGGCCUGCAUGGGGCCAGCGCGCUGGGUGGGGCGAGAGCCCGCAGCCUGCCAGCAGCGUAUAGACUCUGCAUAUCUAGCAUACGGUACGAUGUCAAUACUGCAGCUUAUGUGUAUCCUGGCCCCGGAUGCCCCUCCACAUCGGAGCACGGAGAACUGGGGUUUUUCUAAGCAAUUGUAUUAUUCCAGCCAAUCAGUUCUCUCCCAAUCACCAUCAUCAUCAUCAUUAUCCAGCCUCAUUUCUCAUUCUCAUUUAUUUUUUUUUUUUUUCCCAAAUCAACAAUGACUUCCAGAUCUGUAUUUGGUUUUGUUUUGGAGCUUCUUCUUUCCUCCCCUCGAGGGUGUGUCUGGGCACAGUCCGGCGGUGGCUUCUUGACAGAGAACCUGGAAAAAACAUGCCCCCUCCCUCCAAGACGUGGAGGCUGGUGGAGUAAGACUGUGGGGGUAAGCCCCAGCCAGAGGCAUCUCUCCCAGGGCGCUGGCCCUGUGUUGCUCUUGUUGCUGCCUAUGCCAAAUAUCAACCAUCAGACCUGGGGGCUCCAUGCAGAAGCCACGGGUGCUGUGCUCAGAGACUCCCCCUUUCCCAGAUCAGCUUGCCUCGUUACUCCUCCAGCAGCAUGCUUCACCUCCCCCCUGCACCCCUUUCCUGAUCCUUGCCUGACCAGCUAGGAAGAGGGAGAAGCCUGGGGCUCCUGCCCUGCCUCCCCCUCUUCCACUGCCUCCCGGUCCCCCAAUCCUGGACCCUCUGUGAGACCUGUCCAUGGCCUCUUCCAGAUUGGAACUGCCCCCACCUCUCCCAAUGGGGCCGUGGGAUUGCAUCUUUGCAGGAUCCCUUGCAAACUUAAACCUUAGAGCUUGCUUUGACCCACCGGCUCCCAUGGUUUCUGUGAUUGUGUCCGAAGCCUACGGACGCCUCGGCAGCUCUACUCUCUGAGGUUUUUGAAAUCAGAAAUGAACCAAUCAAUGACAAACCCUUCAUCUUGCCAUGUACCCCCUCCUCCUGAAGCCACAAGAGGCUCUCGGGUUCCAAUCAGACAUGUUGGCCCACCAGCCAACAUGAAAUCCCCACGCCUGGAUAUGAUCCACAGAUGGUCCUGGUGGUGUUGGUAACUCUUGGCAAAGCCUUUUUAUAUAUAUUUUUUUCAUGCACAUUUUUACGUUUCUUUAGAAAACAAAUGUAUUUGCAAAUAUAUUUGUAGCUCAACAAUUCCUAUACUUGCAGUGGAGCCAUAUGAAUGCCUGUAGUCGGUACUACCCCCAGUAUCCGCAGCUACUGGCAGUUUGUAAAGAGAUACGUAUAGGAUCUACAAAUGUGAACACAGCUUGACGAUGUUAGCCGCACAGUGUAUUUUUUCACUUGUUCGAAGAUUGUAUCAAAUGUGACAUUAUAUGCACUAGCAAUAAAGAUGCUA